AUGUUUGUUCAAAAAUCUAAUAUCACGACAAGAACACCAGAACACAACGAGUGGAUUUAUAUGAAUGGAAAAAUAUGCAUACAACACAAAUAAAAUAUUGUACUCAGAACCAGCCAACAACAAUUACAAUUAAUUCUUCUAUUGAUCAAAUGGAAAAUGAAGAUUUAAAUAAAUAUCUAGAAAAUGAUUUUACUAAAUUUUUAGAGAUUACUUCGCAGCAAAAUUAUUUAUUUAACUAUCAGUCUCCUACAUAUAACUCAAUUAAUUCUAGUAGUACUACCAAUACUAUUAAUAAUAAUAAUCCUAAUAAUAAUAAUAAUAUUAAUUCUAUCACACACAAAAUAAACGAAAAUAAUAAAAAUGGUAAUACUAAUAAAAAUAUAUUGGAAAACUUCAAGGAGUUACCAAAAAACUAUGCUAAUGAUAAUCAUUCGGAAAUUACUCCCAAUUGUGAUUAUUUAGAUAAUGAUCUAUCAUGGACAAAAGAUAUAUUCAACUCAAAGCAUUGUACUACUAGUUCUCAUACAUUUACAAAUGGAUUUAUACAUGAUUUAAAAAGGCAAAAUUAUCAUACGAUUAGUCAUGAAUUCAUUACUGGUGAAGGAUAUCAACAAUCUAACUACAUGUAUGAUCAACAUUUUAAUUCUGCACCUGAACAAUUGAGUUCAAUACCUGAUUAUUCUAUGAUGAGAACUGUGGAUUAUCCUUAUAUUGCUGAUAAUGAACAUCCAUUGUGUUUUAAUGAAUUCGUUCAGUCAGGUGAUACGGAAUUUUCAAAUUAUCAUGAUAAUAUUCACAUGGACAUAAGAUCAAAUAUGUCGUAUUUUACCGAUACAAGUGCUACCAAUGAAUCAGAGGAUCAUAAAAUAAGUGAAACAAAAGCAAGGUCAUCAAUGCUAUUUCCAAAUGAUCAUCACUAUGCAUCACAAACACCAGCUAAUGAGAAUUUAAAGCCCUGUAAUUUGUCAAGUCAGUCAGGUUCCUUUGAGAAUGGGUGGUUUGAAGAGCAAAACAGUAUACAUUAUUCUGCUAACUGGUCAGAUGAUUGGACAAAUAAUACUGAAUCAAACAGUCGACCAAACUAUCACUCAUGUGAUUCAAAAAUUAUCCCCAUAAAUUUUGACAGUUUUCGAUAUUUAGACACCACUUCCUAUGUCAAUUCUAGAAGUUUAACUUGUAAGAAUGACAGUUUGGCAACAAAGAAUAACGAAUUGGUUGACCAUUCAUAUAAAGGGGCACCAUACCUGUCUACUAAUCAUCAUUCUGAUGUAGGACCUGAACCAUGUAAUGAGUUUGACAGUUCCUUAUCUCCGCAAUCAGAAUCAACAAAAGCAUGCAGUGUUAUUUCAAAUAAUGGUUCAGAGUUACCUAUCCCUAAUGCUUUCAACUUAUCAAGCGGAGCAUAUUUUUGGCUAUAUAACUCUCAAUGCAAGGGUCCGAAGGCCUCUCCAUUAUUAAAUUUUACAAACACCACGAUUUUGAAUGCUUCAGCUGAAGAUGAUCAAUCUAGCUUGACAAGAAAUUGUCCUUCAAAUGUCUAUCAAGAUGAUUUUGUCUCUUCAACUGCAUCUUCUCGUGCAAUUCAUCCAAUGAUACAUUAUCCCAUAUCUUCAUUAUCUUUGCCAGGAUAUCCAUUUGUUGUUUUUGAAGAUCCCGUCCAAAGACGAUAUGACUUAGUUCAUUGCUCGAAAUUGCGUCGAGGUGAUGGUAAUGAUGUGACUCCAAAUUUAAUGCGUUUACGUUCUAUGGGAGAAGAACUUGCUCAUUUGAAUAGGAAUAUUACAGCUCAAGGUGAGUUGAUUGCCGCUAGUGCAAGUUCAGUACUUGAUCAUCCAGAUAUUAAUUUGGAUUUUAAAGUAAUUGAAGAUCUUUCUGGAAGUGUCUUCAACUCGAAAAUAGUUGAGCAGGCAAAACGCGAAAAAAACAAGUUGGCUAGCAAAAUUUGUCGUCUUAAAAAGAAGGCCUUUCAUGAAGCUAAUAAAAUUAAAUAUCUUGGAUUGGAAAUUGAAUAUAAUGAAUUGGCUUCAGUUAUAGUGAAAAUAAGAGAAUUGAUCACAAAAACUAUCAGAAAUAAUUUACCAUCAAAAUAUUUACGUUAUGAUUUAGUUAAUCAGAAACAUAUUCACACAUCUGAAAAUCAAUCAAAUAAGAUGGACUUAUCAUCAUCAACAUCAUCAUCAUCGAAUCAUAGUGAAUCGAUAGCAUUCUCACAAUCUACAGUACGACUUUGUCCAAAUGUUUCGGGGUCAAUAUUCAAACAAGCAUUAAUAUUCUAUGAAACUACACAUGUUACCCGAACUGCUGGAAGAAUGGAUAUAUUAGUCGAUGAAGUGAUUCAAAAUUAUUCAUUCUCCUGUUCAUUACCUUCUACUGCAACUGAUUUAUUUGACAAUGGUAAUCAAUGUUUAAAAUCAAAUAGAAAAUAUCAUAAUACUCCUUUAUUGCAAGCUUUAACAAAUUCACACAUGUUGUAUUGUAGUAAUAAUAAUCACGAUGAAGAUAAAUCAUCAUCAGAUAGUAAAAUUUCCAAUGUUCACUUUCAUGAAGCCAGUGAAUUAAAUAAAACAAGCAAUAUUCAACAAGAUACACCACAACAGUGUACAUCUGCAACUAAAUUAAAUUAUCCAAGACCACCACCGGAAUUUAAAUUAAUUUAUGAAUAAAUAAAUAAAUAGAUACAAAAAAAGAGUUAAUAAAUCACUCACUCAUUAACAAAGUAUCUCACAAUCAUUCCUUCUCUCCUUUUCUUUUCAAUUUCUUUUCUUUUUUUCAUAACCUCAUUUGUUUACCUAGAUUGAAUACAAUUUAUU